AUGCCGUUGGAAGGGAAUGCGGACAUGAUUGUUUGGAGGCAAGCUGUUGACACAGAACUUCGCUUGGCUGCACAGUGGGAGGAGAGCUGGGGCUUUCUCAGAGAACAGAACGCAAAAGACGAUGCCAAGCGACAAAAGGUUGUGUUGCCAAAACUGUCAGACACGAAGGGUUAUGGCAGCGUUGCCGGAGCACCGGCAGCUUCAAAGGACAGUUCUCACGACCUUCCCGUCAGCACCCCUCGUUUGUUCCUAGCCCGGCAUGGUCGUGGACUGGUUGCUGGACGACGAUAUGCACCUCGAGAAGAGGUGUUUCGUGACAGACCCCUGGUGGCACUUCAACACAUCUUCUCCCAACGGAUGACAAGCUGCUGUGCUGCGUGCAUGGCGCCAGUGGGCAGUUUCCGAGAUCUGCUUCAGCAGAUCUUGCGGAAUGCUGGUUGCACACUGGAGUCCUUUGGUGUAGACUCUCACAACCUUCUGGGACAUCCAUGCCUUCGUGGCUUGGCAGCUGUGCCCUGUGACACGGAAGGAUGCAAAGCUUUGUUUUGCAGCGAGAGGUGCCGAGUAGAAGAGGUAUCCCGUGGUGCGCAUCGUCUACUUUGCUGUGAGCUACAUGGUGAUUCAAGUCGGAUGAGGUCCUGGACAUGCUUCAAGUCCCUGGCUAGAAAUCACUCGGAGAAUCUGCUGUUGGCUGCCUCGGCAUUGUCCUGGGCAGUGUGCCAGGUGUUGUAUUGGGACAUGCCUGUGCGGAGGGCCGUUGCUGAGCUCAUGGUUUGCCAGAACGAGCGAUGGGAACAGAUGCCGUGGUGCAGGCAGCCAUAUCGUCGUCGAGUAGUUCGUGAGUCGUGGACGUUGCUCAAGCAGGUGCUGUACCCUGCUGGAACUGCGUUUGACAUUGACCUUCUGCUCAAUGAGGAGGUAUACUCCAGGCUGCUCGGUGAGUUUGAGCUGGUGAAUGCCAACAUUGAGUUUGGACAUCCGUUCCAGGCCGCCUUGGCACAAGAAGCGCUUUUGCCUUUGUCAGAUGCAUUGCGGCGUGCUGGAGUCUGGCAGGCGGUGGCAAAGGUCAUGAGCUGUCAACACGAGGACCCAUUGUGCUCCGUCGGUGACGAUGCCCCCACACAGGAGGAUCUUCCUGUGGUGCUGGGCAUUGGUCUGGCCCGGCGAAUUGCCCUCAUGAACCAUUCCUGCAGGCCGAACUGUGAAAUCGAUUACAGCAACAACGGUACAGCCAUUGUGGUGGCACUUCGUGAGCUUCGCACGGGCGAGGAGCUGACCAUUAGCUACGUGGACGAACAGAGCUUGCCAGUGCGCAGACGUCGUCGCGCUCUUCGGAUGCGAUAUGGAUUUCACUGCUAUUGCUCUCGUUGUUCGACGGAGAGACUGCAGCGAAGGAGGAUCCAUCGGCAAGCGCUUCGUCGCAAAUUUUCCGGACCUCAAUGA